UGGUGCGAGGAGGCGCCGCCAUCUUCGGGCCGCUGGGCCCCCGCACCGGUCUCCGGCAGCCAGAGAUAGGUGGUAGGUGGGCCGGAUCUCGCCGCCUGCGGUCCCCGGCCUAGCCCGCUCGCGCUCCGCUGCCGACCCACGAUGCCGCAGUAUCAGACCUGGGAGGAGUUCAGUCGCGCGGCCGAGAAACUCUACCUCGCCGACCCUAUGAAGGAAUCAUGUGGCUGGAAAUUCUCCUCACCUCUGUGCUGGGUUUUGUCAUCUACUGGUUUGUUUCCCGGGACAAGGAGGAAACGUUGCCUCUUGAAGAUGGGUGGUGGGGGCCUGGGGCGAGGCCCGCAGCUGCAGAGGACGAGAGCAUCCGCCCUUUCAAGGUCGAGACUUCCGAGGAGGAGAUCGAGGCUUCCUCUGCGUUCUGGAAACAAACCUGCUCUGUGCUCUGCCCCACCCCCCAACCCCUCUCCCUCCCCGGGGUCCCGCAUUUUGCUCCAGGACUUACACUGGAGGAUCGACAGGGUCCGUUUGACCCCACCUUUGGAGGACGUGCGCUUCCAUUUUGGCUUCAACUCCAAGUACCUGAGGAAAGUCCUUUCCUACUGGCGGAAUGGCUUCGACUGGAGGAAGCAGGUGGAGAUUCUCAACAGGUACCCUCACUUCAAGACGAAGAUUGAAGGGCUGGACAUCCACUUCAUCCACGUGAAGCCCCACCAGCCGCCAUCCGGCUGCACCCCGAAGCCCUUGCUGAUGGUGCACGGCUGGCCCGGCUCCUUCUACGAGUUUUAUAAGAUCAUCCCGCUCCUGACUGACCCCAGGAACCACGGCCUGAGCGAGGAGCACAUUUUUGAAGUUAUCUGCCCUUCCAUUCCUGGCUACGGCUUCUCAGAGGCAUCCUCCAAAAAGGGCUUGAAUUCAGUGGCCACGGCCAGGAUCUUUUAUAAGCUGAUGCUACGGCUGGGCUUCCAGGAAUUCUAUGUUCAGGGCGGGGAUUGGGGGUCCCUGAUCUGCACCAACAUGGCCCAGAUGGUGCCCAGCCACGUGAAAGGCCUGCAUUUGAACAUGGCUUUCGUUUUAAAUCCCGGCACCCUGACCCUUCUCCUGGGAUGGCGUUUCCCGAGGUUUUUCGGCUACACCCAGAGGGAUAUAGAGCUGCUGUACCCCUUCAAGGAGAAGGUUUUCUACAGCUUGAUGAGGGAGAGCGGUUAUAUGCACAUCCAGGGCACCAAACCCGACACUGUGGGCUGCGCUCUGAACGACUCUCCCGUGGGCCUGGCUGCCUAUAUCCUGGAGAAGUUUUCCACCUGGACCAACCCGGAGUUCCGAGACCUGGAAGACGGAGGCCUGGAUAGGAAGUUCUCCCUGGACGACCUGCUGACCAACGUCAUGCUCUACUGGACGACGGGCACCAUCACCUCCUCCCAGCGCUUCUACAAGGAGAACCUGGGCCAGGGCUUCAUGGCCAACAAGCAUGACCGGAUCAAGGUCCACGUGCCCACAGGCUUUGCUGCCUUCCCUUGUGAGUUAAUGCACGUGCCAGAAAAGUGGGUGAAGUUCAAGUACCCAAAACUCCUCUCCUACUCCUACAUGGCCCGCGGGGGCCACUUUGCCGCCUUUGAGGAGCCCGAGCUGCUGGCCCAGGACAUCGGCAAGUUCGUGGGGCUGCUGGAGCAGGGCUGAUGGCCGCAGGGCGGGCUGUCACUCCGCAGCUCCCUCGCCGAAGGCUGCCCCCGCCCCCCGGGCAGCUCCAGAGGAGCAGCGAGCCUCCCCCCUCCCCAAUCUUCUCCUGGUGACAGUGUACACCCCCACGCCUGCUCCCGCCCCUGCCGGGCCCCUGCUCACUGCCUGCACGAGAGCAGGGGUAAUAAACGAUUUUAUUCUAA